AUGGAGCAAUGUAACAUGUACCCAAAAAGUAUCAAAGGAUUUCAAAAAGUGCAAAGUGAGUAAAUUUUGGAAAAACGCGAAACCGCCAAAAAUCGGCUGGACAAAAUGAUAUGACCACGUGGUUUAAUUCAAUCUUUUACUAAUCAACGCAAUUUAACAAACAAUCCUAGUAAUCAGUGAGUCCUCCACUGAUUACUAGGACUGGUAUGGGGACACGUUCGGCCAGGUUUAGACGGGUUUGAACGCGUUAAACCAUGUUUGAUGCAGAGCUACCCAAACUGGUGAUUAUCUUCCAUUAACGCUUUCUAAAACUUUUAAAUGACGUUUUUAUCAUGUGAUCUAGACGUGUAAUCACCUGUGCAAGCCUUCGCUUUUCGUACGAACUCCAUGGUGAUCUGGUAGUGCCGAUUCGGCAAACAUCCGGUUACAAUGUCCAGCUUUGGCGACCCAUUUGCUACUUGACCCUGGGGAUAGAUGUGCUCCUUAGGUUUAAAGUGUAACCCAGAAUCUCUCUAGAAAACGGCGAAGCCAAGAAAAGUCCCCGCUGACACGAUCACAGCCUUGUAGAUGCAACUUUGCCGACCUUCACCUUAACCAGCAAAACCGAGUUUUUCAAAUGGAUUUUUAGCGAUGCAAAACGCGUUUUUCCAAAUUUUACUCACCUUGCACUUUUUGAAAUCCUUUGAUACUUUUUGGGUACAUGUUACAUUGCUCCAUACACACUUUCACCAAAUAUUAAAGCAAUUCAUUUACCAUGGACAAAUUGCCAGCGCAAAAUUGCGGUGGUCAUAUCAUUUUGUGCAGCAGUGUAGGCAUGGACUUUCUGUGCCAAAAGAAAGACAAGAGCCAAAUUCUUGUCAAUUUUCGACCUAAAAAUCUCGUCUGCAAAACGCGAGCUAAAAACCCCUUAUUGUUAGAAAUCUUUACUCUAAAUUUUUGAGAAGUUUCAUUAAAAUGUGCUGUAUGCACUUUGACCACUUCCCUUCAUAACUCGAGUCGAAGAUCUAUUCAUCAAUUACAAACAAACAAACUAGUGGUAGUUAUGGUUUGUAGCCCUUUUCAGCAUCCUCAAAAGACCAGAAAAAUUACAUGUACAGGCGCCUUUGUGGCCCGAUUUGGACUGGCUACGACUUCUUUAUUGAAAAAGCUUGUAUGAAGUGCCUGCGAGUCCUGGCAAAGAAGUGGGAUAAUCGGCGGACGCUCGGCGAAGGCUCAGCGGAGACUUGA